CAGCUUGCUUCUUCCCUCCUUUUACUCCUCCUCUGACAGCGAGAACUUUCGAGAUCUCACCCCCAGCUCCAUUCAUCCCCGCACGGUGGAGCGUCGUGCGGCCGCCUCGCUCGCUUUCAGUGUCCCUCCGCCUCGCUCGCUCACUCCGCCCCCCCGCCCGCCGCAGCCAUGUCGGUAGUGGGUUUUGACUUGGGCUUCCAGAGCUGCUACGUCGCCGUGGCCCGGGCCGGAGGCAUCGAGACGGUGGCCAAUGAGUACAGCGACCGCAGCACUCCAGCAUGCAUUUCAUUUGGCCCCAAGAACAGAGCAAUUGGAGCGGCAGCAAAAGGCCAGGUGAUUUCAAAUGCAAAGAACACAUUACAAGGCUUCAAAAGGUUCCAUGGCCGAGCCUACACAGAUCCCUUUGUACAGUCAGAAAAACCUGGUAAUGCUUACGAGCUCGUUGAGUUGCCAACAGGUGCAACUGGUUUCAAGGUUAUGUACCUUGAAGAGGAGCGAAGUUUCACUGCGGAGCAAAUUACAGGAAUGCUGCUGACUAAACUGAAAGAGACUGCAGAGAGUGCACUCAAGAAGCCUGUGGUGGAUUGCGUUAUUGCUGUUCCCUGUUUCUUCACUGACGCAGAAAGGAGGUCUGUAAUGGAUGCCACACAGAUAGCUGGACUCAACUGCCUAAGGCUGAUUAAUGAAACUACUGCAGUUGCCCUUGCUUAUGGAAUAUAUAAGCAAGAUUUGCCUGCCCCAGAAGAGAAGCCAAGGAUUGUGGUAUUUGUGGACAUGGGGCACUCUGCAUAUCAAGUGUCUGUCUGUGCUUUUAAUAAGGGCAAGCUGAAAGUUCUAGCCACUGCCUUCGAUUCAACGUUGGGGGGGAGGAAGUUUGAUGAAGUUUUGGUCAACUAUUUCUGUGAGGAGUUUGGUAAAAAAUACAAGUUGGCAAUCAGGUCGAAUAUCAGGCCUUUGCUGCGCCUUGCACAGGAGUGUGAAAAACUAAAAAAACUGAUGAGUGCAAAUGCUUCUGAGCUGCCACUGAAUAUUGAAUGUUUUAUGAAUGAUAUUGAUGUCUCUGGAUCAAUGAAUAGGGGACAUUUUGAAGAAAUGUGUGACAGUCUUUUAUCUCGUAUUGAGGCACCGCUGCGCAGCAUCUUGGAACAAGCCAAGCUGAAAAAAGAAGAUAUUUACUCAGUAGAAAUAAUCGGUGGUGCCACUCGAAUUCCUGCCGUUAAAGAACGAAUAAUAAAGUACUUUGGUAAAGAGGUCAGCACUACCCUGAAUGCUGAUGAAGCUGUAGCUAGAGGAUGUGCUUUGCAGUGUGCAAUUCUUUCUCCAGCAUUCAAAGUGAGAGAGUUUUCAAUCACUGAUUUGGUGCCAUAUUCUAUUUCAUUGAAGUGGAAUUCUCCAGCAGAGGAAGGAUUAAGUGAUUGUGAGGUAUUCCCGAAAAACCAUGCAGCUCCCUUCUCGAAAGUGCUUACUUUCUACAGGAAGGAUCCUUUCACACUUGAUGCUUAUUACACCACACCAAAGGAACUGCCCUAUCCUGAUCCCUCCUUAGGUCAGUUCCAUAUUCAGAAAGUGAUUCCUCAGGCUGAUGGCUCCAGCUCCAAGGUCAAAGUGAAAGUACGUGUGAAUGUCCAUGGUAUAUUUAGUGUGUCCAGUGCUUCACUCGUUGAAAUCCAUAAGAUAGAAGAAGGCGAAGAACCCAUGGAAACAGAACAGACGGGGAAAGAGGAGGAGAAAAUGCAAGUCGAUAGCGAAGAGCCUAAACAAGAAGAGAACCCACAAACUCAAGCGGAAACCAAGAAUAAUCCUGAUGAAAUGGAGACAUCGCAGGGUGGGACCAAGGAUAAGAAGACUGAUCAGCCUCCUCAAGCUAAGAAAGCCAAAGUUAAGACCAGUACAAUUGACCUACCCAUUGAUCACUAUCCUCCAUGGCAGAUUGGGAGGGACGCUCUGAACCUAUUUGUUGAAAAUGAGGGUAAAAUGAUGAUGCAAGAUAAACUGGAGAAGGAGCGUAAUGAUGCUAAGAAUGCCGUUGAAGAAUAUGUGUAUGAGAUGAGGGACAAGCUGUGCUCCAUCUAUGAGAAGUUUGUCAAUGAGGAUGAUCGUAAUAGCUUCAUUCUCAAGCUUGAAGACACAGAGAACUGGUUGUAUGAAGAUGGGGAAGAUCAGGCUAAACAAGUGUAUAUAGAUAAAUUAAAUGACCUUAAGAACUUGGGUCAGCCUAUACAGACACGCUAUCAGGAGUUUGAAGAACAACCAAAAGCUUUUGAAGAACUAGGAAAACAAAUUCAACUUUACAUGAAAGUGAUUCAUAGCUUUAAAAAUAAGGAGGAAGCAUAUGAACACUUGGAUCCGGCAGAAGUAGAAAAGGUUGAGAAGAGUGUAAAUGAGUCCAUGGAAUGGAUGAACAACAAAAUGAAUCUCCAACAUAAGCAGAAUCUAACAGUGGAUCCAGUAGUGAAGACAAAAGAUAUUCAAGCGAAAACAAAAGAGCUAACAUUCACAUGUAACCCGAUUGUCACAAAACCGAAGCCCAAGGUGGAACCCCCAAAAGAUGAACAGCAGGCGAGUGAGCAAAAUGGACCAGUAGACAGUAAUACAAACAGCCAAGGCCCACAGGCUGCUGAGCAGAGUUCAGAUACAGCUGCUUCUGAUGCAGAAAAAAAGCUUCCUGAAAUGGACAUUGAAUGAAUUCCGUAAAAUGUUGCUAUUUUCAACAGUACAUAAUAAAGCUUUAAGUUGUUACCUUCAUAUGGCUCAAA